AUGUAUUGGCAACUUUUCGUGUCGACAACUGAUAUUUUAUCGUUUGCUUCAGGAUGGGCGAUAGCUUCCGAAGAAAGAGAUUGGAAGUACAGAUUAUCAAUUUAUUACGCAAAACCGCAAGAUUCGGGAACGUUCACGUGCUCAACACCUCGAGGGGUAACAAACAGCAUAUCGCUUCACGUCGCCGCCGUACAUUGUGGCCCGAUUUCCGUCUCGAGCAUGCAUCUUACUGUUCGAGUUGAGGGCACAAGAUUGGGGCACACGGCAAUUUUCCAAUGUCCUAUUGGAUUUAAAGUUAACGGAAACGCUAAUCUCACUUGUCAGGCUUCAGGCAAAUGGUCGUCAUCAGUGCCAUCUUGUGACCCAGUACGUUGUCCAUCCUUGGUAACUCCUGGUGCUCUAGACGAACCCCAUGUAAAAGUGAUGGAGCACAACUGCAGCUACGGGGGACGCGCCGUAUUCAGUUGUGCGUGGGGUUACCAACUCGUGGGGCCUCCGGGAGUCGAAUGCGAACUCGACGGUAACUGGUCCGGACCAGUACCGAAAUGCUUACCAAUCCAAUGCUCUCCUCCAGUCAUACCCGUAAACGGACACCUCAUCCAAUCCGAAUCCGCUGGAAUGGACGGCGGAAGGUACGCCGUUGGCAGUCUCGUCCAGUUUGCAUGUCGAGGCGCUCACGUACUAGAAGGGGAACCAAGCAUAAUUUGUACCGAAACUGGGUACUGGUCGCAUCCUCCCCCAUUUUGUAAACCGAGAUGUCCGUAUUUGGGCGAACCCGAGAACGGAGCGGUGGUACCUUCAAAGUUUGCGUACGAACCCGGCGAUGAACUUCAGGUGAUCUGCAAUCCCGGUUUCGAAUCGCGACUAGAAGCUCGACCGAAGUGUCUCGCUGACGGACGAUGGUCGAUGCCCUUGCCCCAAUGUACCAUUUACUCUGAAAUAUAAUUGAAAACGGACUCACUGUAUAUUGUAUAUAUGUUUGUGAUAUACUUAAUUACUUUUAAAUAUAUUUUCUUUUUUAUGA